GGGACUCUCCUCCACCACCACUGUGCAGCCUCACCUGGAGAACGUCUGAAUCUACCAGUUGUGCGCUGUAUUCUAGAAUACCGGGUUCUAGAAGCCCACGUAACGACUCAUGGGUUUGAGGAUUCUAAGAAACUUUGUCGUUUUUUUUUGUGAAUUCUUUGUGGAGGGGUGGGGGGGGUAAUUAUGUAUUUCCUUUGCCCAGCUCUUGGGCUGGUGUUUUUGAGUCUCGUUUGGGUAAGUGCGCAGGGCGAUACGGUCUGGCCCUGCCCGGAGAACCGUCCCUGUCAGGCAGCCUUCGUGUCCCACAACCCUGUGUUCUUGGGCUGCCGCAAUCCUCCAGGUCGCGCCGAGGUCUCAUGGCUCUACGCGAACUUCAGUGCCGGAGAGAAGGAGCUGGUGGAGUUAUUUGCAGGAGGACGUGUGAAUCGGAACAUCAAAACUCCGGGUUUGAUUCGUCUAGUUUCCCAAGCAAAGCUGGCGAGGGAAGACCUGGAACUGAUGGAGCCCCUGCCUUCCGAUUCGGGGUUUUUUCGUUGUCAAGCGGGAGACAGCGUCUUAGCCGAUUACGAGAUCGAUUUCCAAGAUGCGCAGCAGCUGCGCGUAACUUAUACAGCUCAGGGACAGGCUCCGCUGUGGAACCACACGGCCGGGUCCGGAACUGGGGAACAGGUGCUUCUUUAUACCCGGUGGAGUGCCUGGCAGUCCUGCGACCGCUGCGGGCAGGAGCCGGGAGAGAGAAAACGAGUGGGGCUCUGUUAUGUUCGCUUUCCCGGGAGCGAUUCCAACAGGGGGCUCCCCUGCGGUCUGGCGAGGCUGAAACUGGGAGAAAGCGGGCCGGCGCUCAGGAGGGGACCCCAACUCCACAUCCAGAGCUGCUGGGACGUGUGUCCCAACACCCUACAUCGCCAGAAAGCAAUCCCAUUCCUUCUGGAGGACACCAUCAUCACCGAACCCCACGUUCCCGUCUGGCUCAAGUGCCCCAAAGCGUCUAUUUACAGUCCCGUAUAUUGGCAGAGAAGAGGAGCCUCUCUCACCAGAGUUAGCUUGCUGAGAGAGAACGGCAGCCAUUCCCUGGACACCCAGACAGGCGGUGGGAUCUAUCACAUAAGCCGCACCUCCCCGGCCGAUGUGGGGGUGUACCGCUGUUUCGUUAGCCGCGCAGUGACCGGCGAAUUCACCGUACAGCUCCGCGCCCCUCUCAAAAGCGGCCGGCGGCAUCAGCAGCUAGGGUCCCGUUUUAUCAGGGGCCUCCUGAUAACCUUCUCCUGCUGUGUCAUACUGAUCGCCACGGCGAAAAUUUCCACUCUGGCUUGCGGGAAAAUACAGAGCCUACAGCCGCAAGCGUCAGGACGCGAGGAGACGGGUGCGCUACUCUCACCGCGUCCGUCCGAGAAGCUGACUGACUUUGAAAAGGGAUCUGAAAUUCCAGCGACAUCCCAAUCAGGACAGACAGGGGCACAUCAGCAUUUUCAACAGGAUAUCCAUGCCUUGUGUGGUCAGCCGUAAUUCACUCUCUGAUCUGCAGAUGGCACAGUAGUCAACGCUAACAUUACAAGUGUUAUAAAUACUGAGAAAAAAAAAACAUGCAGUCAGAGUUCAUGCUCAAUAAAUGUUAAAGAAAAACGCCCGCUUCUCGGAUUU